AUGGACUGCUUUAAUGCCUAUGAGCAAAAUUAUUGCUGGUCUAUGCAGGCAGCGGCAAGCAGUUAUGAGCCCUGCUUACCAGUCACAGAGAAAUCAAAUCCGAUCACCAGAGACAUUGAUAGAGCAAAUCCCAAAGAAAUAGUACAAAUGCUGCAAAAAUGUGACGCAGAAAUCUUUGAAAGAACAUCAUAUGGAAAUCCCAUGUGUCAGACACUGAACAGCUUAUCUGUGGUUCAGACAUUAGUGGACGUGUCCAAGAGGGUUGAAGUGAGUCUUAAGGAUCCAGAAGACAGUCUGAUUGUCCUGAGUGGCUGAGGGACUUCGAGUCGUGUUGCAUUUCUGUUGGCGACUUCUCUUAAUAGGUUACUAGCUUCUCAAAAUCACAAGCCAAUCUAUUCAUACAUCAUUGCUGGAGGUGACAAAGUCCUGUUGACGUCACAGGAAACUCCAGAGGAUGACUCUUUGUUGGGAGCUCUCUCACUCGACAAGGCGUGUGUUGGAAAGAAGCACGUCCUCUUCAUUGGAAUAUCCUGUGGAUUGUCUGCACCAUUUGUUGCUGGACAACUUGACUUUUGUCUGAGGAAUCUGGAGAUCUUUACUCCAGUGCUGAUUGGAUUUAAUCCUAUUGACAUGGCAAGGACUGAACCCAUACAGAACUGUUCAUUUCACUUCAAGGAUGUUGCAGAGAGAAUGAAUGAAAUGCAGAAACAGCAAAAGGCCUAUGUGCUCAAUCCUGCAGUAGGGCCAGAAGCAAUCAGUGGCUCUUCAAGAAUGAAAGGAGGAAGUGCCACGAAAAUAAUACUGGAAACUCUCCUUUUGGCAAGCCACCAAGCUGCUUACAAUAAGCAAGCAGUAACUCAUAAUGGUAUACUGCACUCGCUCAAUAUGUUCGAGAAAGUUCAUCAAAUCACUUACUCACAGACUUCGGAACUGGCAGCUCUGGUUCAAAAAGCAGCAAAUAGCCUCAGAAGAAAAGGACAUGUGUAUUAUCUUGGAUGGAAGACUCUCGGCAUUAUCGGGAUUAUUGAUGCUAGUGAAUGCAUUCCAACAUUUGGAGCAGGCUUUGAAGAUAUCAGAGGCUUUGUCAGCAAUGGCUUCAGUGAAAUGAACAACAAAGAGGGAGAUCUGUCAUCUCUAGGACCACAUUUCAUUAUUGGCCAUAAGGAUUUUGUGGACAGCUUUUUACCCAAUCUGAAUGAGAGUGACACAGUGAUAUUUCUCUAUAGUGAGAAUGAUGACCUGAAUGAGGUUUCAGCACUGGCCAAGAGUGUGAGACAACACACAUCUAACCUUCAUGCAAUUACCCAUGAGCUUAAGGGACUCAGUGAUCCUGAAAGAAUGAGGAGCCUGUUUAUGACAGUCCUCACAUAUAAAUGGCCCUCAUCAUUGUAUAUGCACCAACCUGACUUAAUGAAACAGUGCUUGGAGCUUUCCACUAAAUGGUGCCUCAAUGCGAUUAGCACAGGGGCUCAUGUCCUGAUUGGAAAAGUGUACAUGAAUUACAUGGUAGACCUCCGAGUAACUAACAGCAAACUCUACAGAAGAGCCAUUCACAUAUUACAGAGGUUCACAGGCAGCACCCAGUCACAGUGUGAGACAGCUCUGCUAAGAGCUCUCUAUGACGUAGAAGAGCUGAGUGAUGAGAUGAGCUCAACUGAUGUCACACAACACACACUGGUGGCCAACAAAAGGGGCAGUGUUGUUCCCAUUGCAUUGGUGAUGCGACAGUCUAGUCGCACCAUCACUGAGACCAAGUCCUACUUAGAUGCUUAUUCUGUUAUUCGGGAUGCAGUGGCUGCCUGCCAGAGGUUGCUUUAAUAGAGAAGCACUUAAGACUGCAGCAACUUGCUUCUCGAUUCCCAACUGCUUCCUAAAAGGAUUUACUCAUAUUUUGACUUUGUUAAUUGCAUUUAUGUUAUUUGGAGAAAUUAAAAUGGAGUCCAAUGCUAAAAAGAAAAUUACAUCCAUCGAAAACCUACUCUUAUCGACUUAUUAUUAUAUUUUGUAUAAAGUAAGAUGAAUGCUAUCCUGAUUGUUUUCUUUUCCAGUAAUGUAUAAAACAUGUGGCAUCAAUCAACAAUCCUUUUACCAUUCAUUUCCUGAUAUUGAUUUGUCUGUACUACAUAGACCAUCUCUUUGCCUCUUUCCACAAAAUAUGUUGGCUGGAUCUAGCAUUGUGACCUUCACUAUAAAAAUCAAUAAAGUCACAAUUGCAAAGACCAAAAAAAAGAAGGAGAAAAAUAAUGGUGCCAUUUGUCUUAUCAUGAUCUGUAUGUUAUAUAAUUAAUCGAUUAAUUUAAAACCAAUUAAAUCGAAUUGUCAAUG